UUGAAGAGCCAUCCAUAUCACGAGUAAUUUCCUGGUACGAUAACAUUUGAACUGCUGAUAGAGGGUCACAAGUUUUGGAUGAGCUGUGGGGUCUUUCUAAGUAGCAUUCAGACUCGAAGAUAGUUGUGCCCGAGAUACGAUGCUUUCGUGUGUCGAAGGUACGGAGUCAUAGUUCAACGAGAAAACACUGAAACCCUAAACGCCCGCGGGGUUCGGAAUUCUGUACCCUCUAGUGCGAGAGAUCACAACAUGUUCGACAGUUUGGACCUCUCUGCAUGUCCUGUUUGAGACUUUCACUGCAUUUUACUCAGAGAACAUCUUCUCCAGUUCUCGAGAUGAUUGCGGGAAGCUUUGAGAAUGUGUGAGAGGUAGGCGAGAGAAUUUAGGGCGCCGAGACCAACAAGUUUGUGUCUUCGACAUUGGCGCAAUGGAUGGUUUGAAGAAAUUGGAGUAUUUGUCUCUCGUUUCAAAGGUGUGCACGGAGUUAGAGUCGCAUGUAGGAUGUGCGGACAAGACCCUUGCGGAGUUUAUAAUCGAUUUAGCUCAAAACAGUGAUACUGUCGAGUCUUUUGCCUCGGCGUUGAAGAACCAUGGCGCAGACAUGCCUGAGUACUUUGUGAAGACUCUGCUCACGAUCAUACAUGCGAUUUUGCCUCCCAAAAGCAAGGGUGAGAAAGUCAAGGCAGCCGGAGCGGGGGGCGACAGGAAGUCGGCAUUUCCAGGGCUUACCGUGCCAGAUAAUAAGGAACGUGUCAAGGAGCUUGAGAAAGAGCUUGAGCUGAAUGGCACGGGUAAGCCUGCGGAGCCCGAAGCAAAGCGUGAGAAGGUGAGGGAGACUAGGAAGGAGGAGAGGUCGAGACCUGUCGACUUUGAGGAGGAAGGUAUAGAGCGGAGGGUGAGAAGAGAACGAGAGAGAGGAGAGAGAGGAGAGAGAGGAGAGCGAGCAGAAGGAGAGGAUGCACACGUAGACAGAGGUAGAGGGAGCUCUAGGUCCACGCGGGAUCGCGAUGGAGUCCAUAGGGAAAGAAUGCGCGACCGAGAUGCUGAAGAGAACGAGCUGACCAACGGAAAAUACAGAUACGGCGAUAGAUAUGAGCAUAGGGGAAGGGAAGAUAGGAGGUACGAAGACAAGGCCAGAGCAAGGGACGAAGAUGGGCACGAUAAUGGUAGGGUGGAAGGAAACGACAUGUUCGAAGACGGUGAACGGGUCAGUGGAAGGUCGCGUAGGGACAGUGAACGAGGGAGAGAAAAACCACGGCUUGAAGAUAGGAGUAAAAUGGAAGAUGGAGAUGAAGACAGAGGAGUCGGGAGAAGAAGAGACAACAGGGAUGGAGAUGGUAUUCGAGCAGAAUCGAGAGCGGUGACUGCGUCGGCUCCUCCUCCACCUGAGGAACCAGAGCUUUUUGGAAUUUACAGAGGUCGAGUGUCCAGGAUAAUGGACUUCGGUUGUUUCGUUCAGAUUUUAGGCCUUCGAGAUCGAAAGGAAGGUCUGGUUCAUGUUUCUCAAAUUGCUUCCCGGAGAGUAAUCAAUGCGAAGGAUGCUGUGGAAAGGGAUCAAGAGGUUUGGGUAAAGGUCAUUUCUCUCUUCGGGCAAAAGAUGAGUCUCUCGAUGCGUGAUGUGGACCAGAAAACUGGUCAGGAUCUUCUUCCAAUGAACAGGCCAACUGCCCAGGAAGAUGAAAUUUACAGAGCCAAUCCGUCGAGCUCUAGUCAAGGCCCUACCACGAGGAAAGGUCUUUCUGGUAUAACCAUAGUAGAAGAGGACGAGAAUAAUCCCUCUCGCAGGCCUUCGAAGCGUAUGAGCAGUCCUGAAAGGUGGGAAGCCAAACAGCUUAUAGCCUCUGGAGUUUUAGAUGUUAGAGAUUACCCCAUGUAUGACGAAGACAGCGGGGGUAUGCUUUACCAGGAAGAGGGUGCCGAAGAGGAGCUGGAAAUAGAGCUAAACGAAGACGAGCCUGCAUUUUUGAGGGGACAGACCAGGUACUCCAUUGAUGUCUCUCCUGUGAAGAUUGUGAAAAAUCCGGACGGCUCCUUACAAAGAGCGGCAAUGACACAAUCUGCCCUGGCCAAGGAGAGAAGGGAACUGCGCGAGCAACAACAGAGAACCAUGUUGGACUCUAUACCCAAGGAUCUUAAUCGACCUUGGGAAGACCCUAUGCCUGAAACUGGGGAGAGACAUUUGGCACAGGAGUUGCGUGGUGUCGGCCUGUCGGCAUAUGAUAUGCCGGAAUGGAAGAAGGAUGCUUUCGGCAAAGCCCCAACUUUCGGGCAAAGAUCUAAGCUCUCUAUCCAGGAACAAAGACAGAGCUUACCCAUUUACAAGUUGAAAAACGAGCUCGUCACGGCAGUCAACGAGAAUCAGGUGCUAGUUGUUAUCGGAGAAACGGGGUCUGGAAAGACCACCCAGAUGACUCAGUAUCUCGCAGAAGCUGGUUACUCCACUAGGGGAAAAAUUGGAUGUACUCAGCCUCGAAGAGUUGCUGCAAUGUCUGUUGCCAAGAGAGUGGCGGAGGAGUUUGGUUGUAGACUUGGGGAGGAAGUUGGAUAUGCCAUUAGGUUUGAGGAUUGUACAGGGCCGGAGACCGUAAUCAAGUACAUGACAGAUGGUAUGCUUCUGCGAGAAAUUUUGAUAGAUGAGGACCUGAACUCUUAUUCAGUCAUUAUGCUUGACGAAGCCCACGAGAGAACUAUACACACAGAUGUGCUGUUCGGUCUUCUCAAGGGAUUGGUGAAGAAGAGACCUGACCUGAGGCUGAUUGUAACUUCAGCUACCCUCGAUGCAGAGAAAUUCUCGGCAUACUUUUUCAGUUGCCCCAUAUUUACCAUCCCCGGCCGUACUUUCCCCGUCGAAAUUUUGUACACAAAGCAGCCCGAAACUGACUACCUGGAUGCGGCACUCAUCACUGUAAUGCAGAUUCACUUGACAGAGCCGGAAGGCGACGUCUUACUUUUUUUAACUGGACAGGAGGAGAUCGACACUGCAUGUCAGAUACUGUACGAGAGAAUGAAGGGUCUAGGACCUAACGUCCCUGAACUGAUCAUUUUACCUGUGUACAGUGCCUUACCUAGUGAGAUGCAGACUCGAAUUUUUGAGCCUCCACCUCCUGGAACGAGGAAAGUGGUAGUAGCAACCAAUAUUGCUGAGGCUUCUUUGACGAUUGAUGGGAUCUACUAUGUGGUUGAUCCUGGCUUUGCCAAGCAAAAUGUGUACAAUCCCAAGCUAGGACUUGAUUCCCUUGUCAUCACGCCGAUUUCACAAGCUUCAGCUAGGCAGCGGGCAGGACGAGCCGGUCGGACAGGUCCCGGUAAGUGCUACAGACUUUAUACAGAGAGUGCAUACAGGAAUGAAAUGUUACCCACCACCGUUCCUGAGAUUCAGAGGAUCAAUUUGGGCGUCACAACCUUGAACAUGAAAGCCAUGGGAAUUAAUGAUCUUCUCUCCUUCGAUUUCAUGGAUCCGCCUCCUCCACAAGCACUCAUUUCAGCCAUGGAACAGCUCUUCAGUCUUGGUGCGUUAGAUGAGGAAGGGCUGUUAACGAAACUUGGACGGAAAAUGGCCGAAUUUCCGCUGGAACCACCUUCUUCAAAGAUGCUUCUUGCGAGCGUCGAUCUCGGUUGCAGUGAUGAAAUAUUGACCAUUAUCUCCAUGUUACAAGCGCAAAAUAUUUUCUACCGACCCAGGGAAAAGCAAGCACAGGCUGACCAGAAAAGAGCUAAGUUUUUCCAACCUGAGGGAGAUCAUCUAACGCUGCUGGCCGUGUACGAGGCUUGGAAGGCUAAAAACUUUUCAGGGCCUUGGUGCUUUGAAAAUUUUGUGCAGUCACGAUCUCUUCGGCGGGCACAGGAUGUCAGAAAGCAGUUGCUUUCCAUCAUGGACAGAUACAAGCUCGAUGUGGUUAGUGCGGGGAAGAAUUUCACUCGGAUCCGGAAAGCGAUUUGUGCAGGUUUCUUCUUUCAUGCAGGCCGAAAAGAUCCCCAAGAGGGAUAUCGGACUCUUGUGGAGAAUCAACCAGUCUAUAUACACCCAAGUAGUGCCCUGUUUCAAAGGCAGCCCGAUUGGGUUAUCUAUCACGAGCUGGUCAUGACGACUAAGGAGUACAUGCGCGAGGUUACUUUGAUUGACCCUAAAUGGUUAGUUGAACUAGCACCUAGAUUUUUUAAGGUUGCGGAUCCUACCAAGCUCAGCAAGCGGAAGCGACAAGAGCGGAUCGAGCCUUUGUACGAUCGAUAUCAUGAACCCAAUUCAUGGCGUCUCAGCAAGCGUCGAGGCUGAGAGUCUGAAUCUUUGUCGUCGAUGGGACGAAUCAAGGGUUCGUUUGUGUACAUUAAUUUUGUAAAAAAUUUUGAGCUCAGUAGGUUGGAGGUUGUAAUGCAACGUCCAUCUCAGACAGGCAUGUAGGGCAGGUGGGGCGGGUGGCUAGAGGUUCUGAUUAUAGUGUUACUGGAGUAAGAAAGGCAAGCGCUGAUUUGUAGGUAGAUAAGAAUCGUCAUCUCCCGUGUCCCCUCUCCCUCACCCCUUGUUGUCGGGGUACAUCUAAUAUAUCUUCUGUUUCCCGCUGUCUGGCCGCCAACACUUUGCUGAAGACACUUUGACUGAAUCUCUAUCUACAAUACCUGCUGGCAGUGCUUCCUUGUAUCUUUCUUAUGUCUUUGAUUUCCUUCGUUGUCGGUCCUUCUUGUUAUGUGCAUGCUGACUGAACAACUGCGUCCGCUUCGUCAUUGUUUGAUUCUUCUAAUUAGUCGGUCCCGUUCAAAUGUUCUAUUAGACUAGCUGCAGGCACCACGCUAGUUAUUUGUAGUUAGGUCGCAGAAUAGUCACCGAAACUUUCUGUUUUGUUUUAGAGUACACUGCAGUGUUGAUGGGAAGCUAUGAAAAGAAGAGUCUUUUUUAUAUAAUUGCGAGCGCUUGAGCGCUCUUGCUGUAGAAGCUGGUGCGAUGAAUCAUCAUCUACGUUUCUAUUGCAAGUAUGAAAGCUCAUUCGUCCAGUUGGUUUUGAUUCCCC